UUUCUUAACCAAAACGCUGCCGAUCACCACCAGCUCAACUCCCCGGUUUCUUCAUCUUCUCGCUGCCGACGGGAUCAAUUCAACUCGCGGAGACUUUGUAAACGACGUCGUCUGCGAAUCAUCUUGACAUCAUCGGGAGCUGAAUUGAAUUGAAUUGAAAAUCUACUGAAUUCAGAACCUUAGUGUGUUCAAUUUAGUGCAAUUGAACUAGCUAGGGUUUUCAAAAUUUUUCUGUGAAUAUAUAGGUGUAGGUAGAUAGAUAUACGAAUACAUUUGAGUUUAUAUAGAUGGAGGAGAGGAUAGUGUUGUGAGAUUUAGGGUUUGGGUUUUAUGAAGAUGUAAAAUGGCGAAGCUGUUAGGAUUAGCGAGAGGAUUAAUAGGGGAACCAGCCGAGUCACCUCGGGAGAUUACUCGAACCAUUCCGACCAGUGAGAACAUCGGUGAGAGUGGGUGGCUUAUCCGAUUCUUUGACUCGGCGUUUUUCUGUGAGUGGAUUGCUGUCAGCUACCUGUACAAGCAUGAUCAUGCAGGUGUUAGGGAUUACUUGUGUAAUAGAAUGUAUACCUUGCCACUUCCGGGUAUCGAGAGUUACUUGUUCCAGAUAUGUUAUAUGCUCAUUUACAAGCCAAGCCCCUCCUUGGAUAAGUUUGUGAUUGAUAUUUGCUCUAAAUCACUCCAAAUUGCUCUUAAAGUGCAUUGGUUUUUGAUGUCGGAGCUUGAGGACAACGAUGAUAAUGAUGGGAUUAGUAGGAUUCAGGAGAAGUGUCAGAUUGCUGCCACUUUGAUGGGUGAGUGGCCGCCCUUGAUUAGGCCACAAAAUGCUGCUUCGUCAAGCCCAAUGGGGAAGAAUCAAAUGCUGAAUAGGUUACUUUCUUCAAAACAGAAGCUGCUGUCUCUGACAUCAUCACCUCCCUCAACACAGUGGUCUAUGUCACUUUCGCCUACUUCUGGUAAUAAUUUACAGCAGGAUGAUGGUGGUGGAAGUAAUCAAAACCUUAAUAGCAAGGUGUCAUCGCCAGAAGAGAAUAAGAUCUUUAAGAAGUUUAUUCCGGGACCAAAAAUGCGGGAUGCUCUACUAUUCAGGAAGUCAAUGGACAAGGAUGAGGAAGAGUCAGAGAAAGAUGGGUUUUUUAAGAGGUUAUUGAGGGAUAGUAGGGAUGAAGAUGUCAGGAAAGUAGUGGGCAAAGAUGAAGUGGAGCCUGAGAAGGAAGGGUUUUUUAAAAGGUUGCUUAGAGAUAGUAGUAGAGAUGAUGAUUCUAGGAAAUCACUUGAUAAUGAUGAGGAACCAGCGAAAAAAGAGGAGGGUUUUUUCAAGAGGUUGCUUGGAGAUAAUAGGGAUGAAGAUUCUAGGAAAUCUAUGGAUAAGUCUGACGAUGAGUCAGAGAAGGAUGGGUUCUUCAGGAGGUUUUUAAAAGACAGUAAGGAUGAAGAAGAGGAGCUUACGUCAAGCUCAGAUGGGUUCUUUAAGCGGAUAUUUCGUGACAGUAAAAACGAUGCCGAGGAAAAAGCAGGUUCAAAAUCUGGGGAUGAUGAUGGUAAAGAAGGAUUUUUCCGGAAGCUUUUCAAGGAGAAAUUUGAGGAAAAGAAGGAUGUUGGUGAAAGAAAUGAUGAUGAAGAAAGAACGCGAAAAAAUUCUGAAGAUGAUGAAAAAGAAGGUUUCUUCAAAAAAUUCUUUAAAGAAAGAUUUGAGGAUAAGAAAGAUAUGAAUGACAGGAGCCAGGAGCAUGGGAAGGGGCAAGCAAAUGGUGAGGAAGAUGAGCAUUUGGAUUUUUCAUUGUUCCGCAGGAUAUUUCGGGUGCAUCCUGAGGAUCCUAAGUCUCCUGCAGUACAAGAAAACAGCAAUGGCAGCAAUUUCCUUGAAAGCAGUCCCGGAACAGAGAAAUUUUUUCGAAAACUGUUUAGGGAUCGUGAUCGCUCUGUCGAAGACUCAGAGCUUUUUGGUUCAAAAAAGAACAAGGAGAAAUGUCCUGCCUCACCAAAGCAGGAGAAUGAGAAAUUAAUUACUAAACCGCCACUUCCAAAUAAUGCUGCAUCACAUUUUCGGAAAGGGGGGUAUCAUGCAUCACUUGAUUUUGUGCAAUCAUUAUGUGAGACUUCUUUUGCCUUAGUAGAUGUAUUUCCAAUUGAAGAUCGUAAAAGUGCUCUUUGCGAGUCACUUGUGGAGAUUAAUGCACAUAUAGCUGCUGCCCAGAGUAGUGGAGGUAUUUGUUUCCCAACGGGAAAGGGAACAUAUCGUGUAGUUCAUAUACCUGAAGAUGAAGCUGUUCUUUUAAAUUCUAGGGAAAAGGCUCCAUAUUUGAUCUGCGUUGAAGUUCUGAAAAGUGAAACUGCAAGCAACUCAAAGGAUGUUUCAAACAGUCAAAAGCUUUCUAAAGGAGGUAUACCUUUGGCCAAUGGAGAUGCAUUAUUGCCAAAGCCACCACCUUGGGCAUAUCCUUUAUGGACUGGGCCUGAUAUGUACCAUAGUGGUUAUGAUCGAAUGUCUAAGUCUACUUCUCAGGCAAUAGAUGAGGCAAUGACUCAGUUAUGGGAGGCCAAAGUAAAAUUUGUUCAUGUGAAUCUUUCUGUGGAGAGUCAAUCAAACUCAGAAAUUCACUUUUGCCGCGCUGAAAUUACUCCUUCAAAUGGUGGCCAAAACAAAGAAUUUGCAGCUCAUGCUUCGCUGCUGAGGGAGGGUUUAGAUUUGGAGUGGGUGAAGGUAUCGUUGACAGCAGAUCCUGGGGUUAGCAUGGAUGAUAUAGUUGACCAAGAGCCACCUAGGAGGAGAGAACACCGUCGUGUUCCAAGUACAGUAGCUAUAGAAGAAGUGAAGGCAGCUGCAUUGAAAGGAGAAGCACCUCCUGGACUCCCUCUUAAAGGAGCUGGUCAGGAUUCAUCAGAUGCAAAAUCAGAGACUGCAAAUGGAGGUAUUCCAAAGGAAACUGAUGCAUUGUCAGGUGAACUUUGGGAGGUAAAAAAAGAGAGAAUACGCAAAGCCUCAGAUUAUGGAAAAUUACCUGGUUGGGAUUUGCGUUCGAUAGUAGUAAAGAGCGGUGAUGAUUGUAGACAAGAGCAUCUGGCUGUACAGCUUAUCUCCCACUUUUAUGAUAUAUUCCAGGAAGCUGGCCUUCCUCUCUGGUUGCGUCCGUAUGAAGUUUUGGUUACGUCCUCUUAUUCAGCACUAAUCGAAACUUUAACCGACACAGCUUCAAUUCACUCAAUUAAAAGUAGGUAUUCCAAUAUUAGCAGUUUGCGGGAUUUUUUUGUUGCCAAGUAUCAAGAAAAUUCUCCAAGUUUUAAGCUUGCACAGAGAAAUUUUGUUGAAAGCAUGGCGGGAUACUCCCUUGUUUGCUACCUUUUACAGAUCAAGGAUCGGCAUAAUGGGAACCUCUUGUUGGAUGAAGAAGGUCAUAUCAUACAUAUUGAUUUUGGCUUCAUGCUCUCUAAUUCACCUGGUGGUGUUAAUUUUGAAAGUGCACCUUUCAAAUUAACUCGUGAACUUCUUGAGGUCAUGGAUUCUGAUGCUGAGGGAGUUUCAAGUGAAUUUUUUGAUUAUUUUAAGGUCUUAUGUAUUCAGGGGUUCCUGACAUGCCGUAAGCAUGCAGAGCGGAUAAUUCUUCUUGUUGAGAUGGUGCAGGAUUCCGGUUUCCCCUGUUUCAAGGGUGGUCCACGUGCAAUUCAGAAUCUGAGGAAACGCUUUCACCUUAGUUUGACUGAAGAGCAAUGUGUGUCCUUGGUGCUUUCUCUAAUUAGCAGCAGCUUGGAUGCAUGGCGGACACGUCAAUAUGAUUAUUACCAAAAGGUUUUGAAUGGGAUAUUAUGAGCUUGAGUUCUGUUAGAGAUUGAAUUCAUGAAAAUUGACUCAAAGUGAAAGCAUAUGAAAGCUUCCUUAUAUUGAGGGCGAUGCAGGAGGACUGGUUCAUUUGUUGGAUUCAUUUCAAACAUCUUUCUGGGGUUCCAUAAAGGAUCAGUGGUAAAAUUUUGCAGUAUGUUGUAUCAAUAUGAGGAUAUUGUAAUUAUGUACGGCAUAUGUUACUUUUGGAUGUCAAUCAUGUAACACUGGAGGUGGUCGAUUUUGUUUCCCUCCAUUGCUUAUUUUCAUUGGUGAGAAGAAAUCUGAUGGCUGGUGGGAAUGCCUCCUGACUGACGAAGAUAGUUUAUUCUUUGGACCCAUCUUUGACAGCACAUACUGUACAGAAAGGCUUGCCGAUGGAAGAGGCUCAAGGGUCUGCUGUCAGGAUCGUGAUCUUGUAAUCAUUGGUUCAUGACUGACUGCAGGUUCUGAAGCGACAAAUGGCUGCGUUUGUACGUGUGCUUAUAUUCCUCAAAUGAGACCAUGUUGGUGUAAGAAUGCAUUCUGCUGCUUAUUCUUGCCUCAUCUAUUUUCCAUCCAUCUUCAAGCUAGACUUUUCUGCUACCUCCAAGGAAAAUGUUCAGAGCAAUGAUUUGUUGUUUUGUGUAUAAGAAUUUUGUCGAUUACAGCAUCUGUAGUGCCAUUUUUUUUUUUUUAGUGAUUUUAUAUGAUUGUUGAAAUGUGGCUUAAGUUGAGGAUGUAUAAAAUGCCAAACUCAGCUAAUGUGCUACAUUUGAAAUUUCCAAAUUACACCUUUGAGUGCAAAUGGAGUUUGAGAGUUAUUAAAACGCU